AUGUAUGCAGAAACUGGGCUAUAGUUUCGGUUCAUGCAAGAUUGUUCUCCAGAUAUUCAGCAAUUCGAUAAUCUCUUCAAAUCUUACAAGCUCUCUGAUGAAACGGGUUGUCUCUGUUUUGGCCUCUCAAAACUGACCGAUCUUGUCAAAGCCCCUGAGCUGACUGUUGAAGAGUCAAUGCUAGCCGUUGAUCCUCUCUCUCUAGAAAUAGUUGAACUCUUCAGCGAUCUUGGUUCGUUGCAGAGUGACCAGCAGCUUCUAGACACGACUUUCCAUGGCUGUGAGCAGGACCUGCUGGUGAAAUCAGUCAUGGAGACUCCAUUGUCCGAGGUGCUACACAUCAAGAACGUCUCUUUAGCGGCAGAAGUGGACAAUGUUAUGAAGACUAGUAGUAGUCUAGUUGUCUUUGAUAUCACAGUUCCCAAGAGUGUGAGCACGGAUAACCUAAGCUCAAUGGAUAUGACAUAACACGAGGAUGCGGUGAUCCAGAGAUUCUUUGAUUUCCCUCCAGUGGAUUAUAGAAUGAGAAGAGCUUUUAGUGAAAACGAUAUACCGACAUUGAGGACUACAAAAGCAGGUCUUGUUCCCUCUCAACUGGACCGAGUAAUUGUAACUUAAAUCUCUGAGGACCGUCGUGAGAAGCUUUCGCGAUACAGGAACAAGAAGAGCAGGAGUAAUUUCGGUCGUAAAACCAAGUAUGCUUGCAGGAAGGCUCUUGCAGACAAUCAACCAAGGAUCCCAGGAAGGUUUGCAAAACCAGAGGUCAGAAAUGAGGACUAUUAG